CAGCGCUGUACCUCUACACUGUCAGUGUAUGGACUCGUUCAGUCCGUGCUGAAAGAUGGCCUGUUCCAUUUGGCACUGAGGGUAAGGACCAUCUUCCAGCUCUAUGGCUGUUAUGUCUCCGAUCGGGUUUAGGUCAUGUGUUUUAUUUUUGUAAAUUUGGUCACUAAUCGGUACGUAUCUUUUGUGCCGUAAUCCAAUCUGAUCCCAGAGCCCGGUGUCCAUACAUAUCUGAGUGUAGUAGUCGCCCCCCUGGUUGCUGCAAGUGUUAGAUCCCGGCCGGUGUGUAAGCUGCACAAUCCGCUCAACUACUCCAGGGAGGGAGAGAGCAAUACAGAUAUACCGGGGCUGUCAUACUGGGAGACAGACACCAACCGGCACCGGAAACACAGGGACACCCAAACCGGGCACCGGACAUAGCCGACUAUACCUGGCUUUUAUUUACCUGUUUCUACCGGGACACUGGGAGAGAACACUGAUCUGGGCACAAGACACUGGGACAAGGUAAUACUAUAUCCAUAUACCUAAAAACAUACUGAGAUUCAGAACUCUGUGAAUAUAUAUAUCCAAAAAGAGUUCUGCAUCUCUCUCUCUAUCUCUAUAAUGUGUGUGUGUGUCCCCUCACAAAUCACAUUCAUAUUUAAUUGUAUGUCAUAUAGAGAGCAGUAUGUCACUGACAGUCUAUGCAUAACAAAUCUUGUGGUAGCAUCUUAUGGAUAACAGCACAGGAUUUAAGUAAUAUUUCAUUUCAAUAUAGCUUUAUUUUCACAGCACCACCUAAAAGCAGAUACUGGACAUACAGGGGUAUUCCUGGCAUUUAUAUACCUGUUUAUACCGGCACUGGAAGAUUACAGCCUGAUCCGGGCACAGGACAUUGGGACACGGUAAUAUAUAUACGUAUACAUGUAUGCACAUAUAGAUGGUAAUUAAAUUUUAAAUGCAUUUCUUAAAUAAAGCAAUAGCUUUGACCUUACUUUUCAAAUAAAAUGUUAUUUUUUUUAUUCCAGCCACCAGUCAACAUUUGAGCUUUAAAUGGGUUAUAAAAAUUAAUCCAACACAUUGCUUCGCCAAUCUGUUACUCAAGGGGUUAAACAAGUAGCAUUACCUGCCUGCCAUCAUUCUAACUUUUUUCUCUAUACCAGAGAUAUUAGCGUAGUAGUACACACACGGUUAAUGGAUUUCCUUUUCCAUUAGAGAUGCAAUUGCAUUCUAGGUUAGAAUAUUAUGCACAUGUGGUCACUUCUAUUAAGCAAUCCUUAGCAUCUGCCCUAUAUACAGACUGUGCCACAUUCAAAAGCUAAAGACAACGUAAUCGUAUAUUUUCUAAUCUAUUUACAUCUCUGUAUCUGCAUAUGGGAAGUGUGCCGAGUACUUAUGCAUCAAUGAUUUAGCAUUGUAAAACACACUCUAUAUUCUCCUGAACUCACUACAUUCUCUGCAGACCAUUUAUUGAGCCUUUUUGCUCAAUAAGGUCACCCUAUCCAUAGCUAUUUAUACUUUAUUGAUCACUUCAACUUUAAAUGCCCACUAUAUUUGCCCAUGAUUACAGAUGGAGCAAAAAGCGAGCUUCCCUUGCUUCUCAAGGGUAAGUGUGACCGUUUACUAGACAGCUUCUCUGUGCACCCUCAACUAAACAAGAGGGAAGCCUCAUAAUGUUCCCACAUGAGCCUCUUCCCCCUAGAGGGUCACAUCUGCUGAGUUUGGUGUGCACAAAGAGUCUGCACACGCCAGCUGUGCUGAACAGCUGCAACCGACCCUGGGAUAAUCUGAGAUCAGCCAGCCGGUAAUGAAUUCCCCUUUCACACAAGGAGGAGAUGACACACGUGUGUUGAACACACAGGCAAACACCAGUGUCUCAAGAGUGGGGGCACAAGCCCCAUAUUAUAGACCCCUUUAUCCUACAUAGAAGUGAAUCCGCUUACACAUUUAGCAUUAUAAAUCUGUGGGAUGAACAUUACAAUAGGAGAGACUAGUUACAUUACCAGGAUGGAUAAUGCCAUUAAAUAGAAUCACACUGAGUACUCUUAAUUGAUCAUUCUUAAAUUCCCUUUUACUUACAGGAAAUUAAAACAGUACUCGCAAUGUGCAUAUUAUUGGACUUGAAUUGUUAAAACGUGUCAGAGAAGAACGCCACAUAAAUGUGCAUUCAAUCGCUUAAAGCUGCGAUUAAAUAUCCAAGCUAAACAGUUUACCUAUUUACUAGAGUACAUAUUUGGGUAUACACUAAAACCAGCCAAAACCAGGCUAGUGUUGGCUUAAAAUUAUGGAAAUGGCAGUGUAACAACAACUGACAGGUCACAAUGUGACACCUCGGGAUUAAACAUUGCACAGUGAUUUAAUAACUAUACUGCACAUUGCAGUGAAUUGAAAACAAAGUCUAGGCCAAGGAUAGGCAACCUUUGGCACCCCAGAUGUUGUGGACUACAUCCCCCAUAAUGCUCUUACACCCAUAAUGCUAGCAAAGCAUCAUGGGAGGUGUAGUCCAAAGCAUUGCAUCUGGAGUACCGAAGGUUGCCUAUGCCUGGUCUAGGCCAUAAUAGAAGAUUUGUAAAAUAAAUCACCAUUGGAGCUUUAGACACGUGCUGGCUGUUUUAAUCAGAUAUUUUCAAUUCACUACAGUUUGCUGUUUAUUGAAUAUACCUACCAGUGUUUAUUCUGUUUACGGUUGAGCUACAAGUCAGUAAUUUGUAGAUUCACUUUUUCAAACGGUUCUAUUGUGUGGAGAGGAUUAGUAAAUUAUAUAACUGGAUAUCAACAUUGACAGGUUGCGCAUUGGUUCCUAAAACUUGGUUUCAAGUCUUUUGGAUUUAUUUGCUCAACAGUGAAUAGUGGUGAACUAAAAAUCUAAUCUGCAGAAUAUGGGGGAAAAGCUAUGAGUUGUGAAUAUAGGUGAGUAGGUAGUAAUCUUUCAGACUCAGCUAUUUUGACUAGUGAUCCAAGCAUGCUGUGAUAUUUGUAAACUAUGUGCAAACUGCAAAAUGUAUAAAAUAGCCAAGCAGGAAAAUAUUAUAGUAUUUAGUCACUUUGGUCUAGAUUUUGCAUUUUGGUUGUCGAUUUCCUACAAUAAACCAAUAUAGUGAAUUGCUACCUUAAGUAUUGAAUUUAUAGGGGCUUAUAAGCAAAUGGCCGUGUUUUGGGGCUUUGCAGAUCAUGGGGAAGCAGAACAGCAAGCUCCGCCCCGAGAUGCUGCAGGACCUGCGCGAAAACACAGAGUUCUCGGAUCACGAGCUACAGGAGUGGUAUAAGGGCUUCCUGAAGGAUUGUCCAUCUGGCAUCCUCAAUGUGGAAGAGUUCAAGAAAAUCUAUGCCAACUUCUUCCCAUAUGGAGAUGCUUCAAAGUUUGCAGAGCAUGUGUUUCGCACAUUUGAUACCAAUGGUGAUGGAACCAUAGACUUUCGGGAGUUUAUCAUUGCCCUAAGCGUCACAUCAAGAGGAAAGCUGGAGCAGAAACUGAAGUGGGCAUUCAGCAUGUAUGACUUAGAUGGAAAUGGCUACAUCAGCCGGGAGGAAAUGCUGGAGAUUGUGCAGGUAAAGAAAAGAGGGGAGAUAAACAGUGUGUGUACAUGCUGUGUUGACGUGAGUGACUUACAAUCACAAUUGACAUUGAACCUUUCAUAUUUAUUUGUUUAUUAUUACUUUUUCCCCCCAUCUUCACUCAGUUGCAGUACAAAUUAACAGAUAAUUUUUGUAUUAAUAUUUACAGAUACCAAAUGGUAAAGCAAACAUUUUUUCAUUCCAGUAAUUUUUGGGUGUGGAUUACACUGACUAUUUGUGUUUAUCUCAAUUGCUCAGGGCCCUUCUUUAUAAAUAUAUCAUGUUCUUUCAUUUUUUUCUUGAACACAGUAGGCACAUAACAACAACAACACAAAUUUUAUGCAAAACGGGAAUGAUAAAAACAUGAAUGACAAAUGUCAUUUUUUUGGUAUGAGCAAGGGUUUAAAAAGUAAAGGCAAGUGCAUGGAGAACUGUGUACUAUCCUCCGAGGUUUAUACACUUUUUUAGAAUAUUGAAUACAGAUAAGCAUCUUUUGGAGCAAACAUCAAUAACCUUUGUUUUUGAGCAAGGAAGGAGAAACUGCUAUGUUUACAUUUUGGGUUAAUCUAGCCUGUAGUGGCUGUCUUCUGGACAGCCAGUAGAGGCGAAUUGUGCCUCCAUCGUGCAGAGCGUCCAUAGGAAGGCAUUACGAAAUGCUUUCCUAUGGACACUUUGAAUGCGCAUGCACAUUCGGCUCCAUUGACGUCGAACGGGGGAGCUGACAUCUGAUGGGGAGGAGAGGUCACCAGCGCUGCAAUGAGGUAAGCUGCUGAAGGCGCCACAGGAGGGGGACCCUGAGGGUGGGGGCACCCUUAGGGCACUAUAGUGUCAGGAAAACCGCUUUGUUUUCCUGACACUAUAGUGAUCCUUUAAGGAAUCUAAAUUAGGUACAGAAAGUCUAAAGUGAGCAGAAAGUCUCUGCCAGACACAAACACUUUUUAUGUGUUUUGUAACACAAAUCCCAAGCAUGUUUGGUUGGCCCAAUGUCUUUUGCUAGAUCCAGUAAUCUAGCCAACAUGUCUCAUUUUCUGCUGGCACUAGUUUUUUUUUUUUUUUUAAAUACAGUGUAACAGCUUGCAUUACACAGAUAGAAGCUACCCACAUGAACUCUGCUGUACGACUUAAGGAAAUCCACAAUGUAUUUAGCCAGGUACACUUCUGCUUUAUAGUGAACUACCUUGCAAAAUGUCUUUAAAUAUGAUCUAGUUGGCACAAUUGAAAUGGUCAUAGCAAUUAUUUUAGAAUAUAUUCAGGUUUUUGUUAGAGAGUGUAUAUAUCAUUAGAUCAUUCAUGCAGUUUGUGUGUAUAUGGAGACAAUGGGUUACACAGUACUCUCUGCACUCUACAUCUCUUACCCUUUCUGUCAAUCUACGCUUGCUGAAGAUUUGUUUAUUCACUCAGGUCAUCAAGGGAGGCCUUAAAGGGACACUGUAUGCACUGUAACUGCUUCAUCUCAUUGAAGUGGUUAUUGUGUCUGGCGUCCCUGGCACCGUCCUUCCUUUGAAUGUAAAACUGCUUUUAAUGUUAAAUAAAUGAAUGUGAAUGAAUCAGUCAUCAGCAGACCAUCAUCCCCUCUGUGCUGCUUGAGCGAAUGAGGAAGUAUUAGCAUGAGUAGCAAUAGGUUGCUGUGAUCAGGGCUGUCUUUAAUAUUGAUUGGACCCUGGGCAGGUAUUUGAUUGGGGCCCCUUGACCUAGCCCUUCCGCUUGCUAGCAUGCAAUCACGCCAUCAAUGCCCACACAAAGAAAAAAAAAACACACAAUUAGCCCUCUCAUUUAUUACUGAGACAAAAUACACACACUAAGACACAUACAGAUGCAAACAGUGACAUACAUAGAGAUGCACACAUACACAGGUACAGACAUACAUAGAGAGAUACUGAGACACACAAAUGCAUACAUUGACACACAUGCAGAUACACACUGACACACCUACAUACACUGAUGCUCCCCUGGAAGAGCCAGUGUUCGGGACAGACUGGAGCAGUGGGUGGCUUUAUCAGAUACGGGAUGAUGCUGCAGCAGAAUAUAUUUAUAUAUCUAGGAUUAGCCACCACGCUAUUAUUUUAAAGGAGCACUAUAGGGUCAGGAACACAAACAUGUAUUCCUGACCCCACUAUCUACCCCCCUUUUCCUCCCUAAAGAUAGUAAAAUCUUACUUGUAUUUGUCAGGAAACUGACAGGGAUCCAAUACGCAGAGUGCGCACAGAAGGAGGUACGUAUACCGGACCUUAGAAUGGCCGGACUAACGUAAGGACAAAGCAAGAAUAGUCAAAAGGUAAGCCGAGGUCAAGGGAGCCGGAGGACAGGUAAGCGAGAUACAAUCCGAGUCAAAGGAGAGGAGAGGACAACAGGACAAAAGGCAAGCAAGGGUCAAAACCGGAAACACUAGAUAAAGAACGCGCUGAGUGACUAGCAAGCUAGAACCACGACAGGGCAAUGAGCAGUAGUAAAGGUUUCCUUUAAAUACCCUGUUACCUAAAUAGAGACCACGCCCCCAAAAGGUCCGGAAUAGCGGUUCCCGGCACUUUAUGCAAAUGCCGACGUCAUGACGUCGACGCUAGCCGUCGCGUCAUAAAAGGGGGAGGAGCUAGCGCGGCCGGCGCGAAAACGGCCGGAAUAUGCCGAAAUGCUAGGGGAAGGGAGCCCCUAAGCAGAGAGGAUGUCCUCCCUGGAUACAUCACCAACAGGUACCCUGACAGUACCCCCCCUUCUAGAAACGCCCACCGGGCGGAUGGGACCUGGCUUAGAAGGAAAACGAACGUGGAAGGCCCGAAGAAGACGAGGAGCAUGCACGUCUAUACCAGGAACCCAAGACCUCUCUUCUGGACCAUAACCUUUCCAGUCUAUGAGGUAUUGCAGCUUCCCCCUAGAAAUACGAGAAUCAAGGAUGGACUUGAUGAUAUAUUCCUCCUGACCAUCCACACGGACCGAGGAUGGAGGAGUAGAGCGGGAGGAAAAUCUGUUACAAACAAGAGGUUUCAAUAAAGACACAUGAAAAGAGUUAGGGAUGCGUAGAGUAGGAGGUAGAUCCAGCAAAUAAGAAACCGGGUUGAUCCUCCUCAGUACCCUGUAAGGACCAAUGUAACGAGGAGCAAACUUCAAGGAAGGAACUUUCAGGCGAAUGUGUCUGGUACACAACCAGACCCUAUCCCCCGGAGAAAAAAUAGGAGCAGGACGUCUACGCCUAUCAGCAUGUGACUUAAACACCGCGGAACUACGUUCAAGAAUUUGUCGAGUCUGAUCCCACAACUUUCUCAGGUUGGCUAUAUGAAUAUCAACCGACGGUAUACCCUGGGAAGGAGACACCGACGGAAGAACAGUAGGGUUAAAGCCAUAGUUCAAGAAAAAGGGGCUAUUAUGAGUGGAACCACAAACAAGGUUGUUGUGAGCAAACUCCGCCCAAGGAAUCAGACCGACCCAGUCAUCCUGGUGUUCAGAAACAAAACAACGUAGAUAUUGCUCAAUUUUUUGGUUAGUGCGUUCGGCUGCUCCGUUAGAUUGAGGAUGAUAGGCCGAAGAAAAAUUCAGUUUGAUGCCCAACUGUGAACAGAAGGAUCUCCAAAAACGGGAAAUAAAUUGGGAACCCCUGUCUGACACAAUCUCAUUGGGAAUACCAUGUAAACGGAAAAUUUCUCUAGCAAAUAUCACGGCCAGUUCGGGGGAGGACGGAAGUUUAGGCAAGGGAACGAAAUGAGCCAUUUUAGUAAACCUGUCAAGGACCGUGAGUAUAACUGUAUGCCUAUUGGAAGCUGGUAGAUCAACAAUAAAAUCCAUAGCCAAGCAAGCCCAAGGUUUGUUGGGAACGACUAAGGGCUGCAAUAAACCACAAGGGAGAUCCCGCGGAAGUUUAUUCCUGACACAAACAUUGCAAGCCUUGACAAAGUCUUCCACAUCCCUACGUAAACCGGGCCACCAGAAGUCUUUUGAGAUCAGGCAGUAAGUUUUGUGGAUGCCGGGGUGACCAGCGAUCUUGCUAUCGUGGAAACAGCGAAUAAUGUCCACUUGGAAUUUGGGAGACACGAACAAGCGGCCCACAGGAGUACGUUCGGGAGCAAGAGAUUGUUCGUUCUGAAUAUCAGCGAGCAAUGGAGAGUGUAUUUUGACAUUGGUGUUGGCGAUAAUAUUGACUUCAGGAAUAAUAGGGAACAAAGUAUCCUCUGUAGAGGUGGUAGGUUCGUGCUGACGUGACAAAGCGUCUGCCUUAGUGUUCUUAGAACCAGGCCUGUAAGUAAGCACAUAAUUAAAGUGUGUAAGGAACAUAGACCAACGUGCCUGCCUGGCAGAUAAUCUUUUGGCCUCCCCAUAUACGAUAAAUUUUUGUGGUCAGUCAAGAUAGUAACUGGGAGGACGGUGCCCUCUAACAAAUGUCUCCAUUCCUUUAAUGCCAUAAUGAUAGCUAAAAGUUCUCUAUCACCAAUGUCAUAUCUCCUUUCAGUGUGUGACAGUUUCUUGGAAAAAAAACCGCAAGGGUGCAGCGGCUUAUCUAAACUUUGUCUUUGGGAUAACACUGCGCCUAUCCCUGUUUCAGACGCAUCAACUUCAAGUAAAAAGGGUAGAGAGGUAUCAGGAUGAACUAAUACAGGUGCUGAGGCAAAAGACUGUUUGAGCGUUUCGAAAGCAGAUAAAGCCUCAGUAGACCAGGUUUUGGUAUCGGCUCCUUGUUUGGUCAUAUUAGUGAUAGGAGCGAUAACAGAGGAGUACCCUUUAAUAAAGCGUCUGUAAUAAUUAGAAAAUCCAAGAAAUCUUUGUAUGGCUUUGAGUCCCUUAGGUAAAGGCCAAUCUAAAAUCGAUUUUAGUUUGGUCGGGUCCAUCAUAAACCCGUCUUUGGAAAUUACGUAACCUAAGAAAGUUACCUGAGACUGGUCAAAGCUACAUUUUUCCAAUUUACAAUACAAUCCAUGUUGUAAAAGUUUCUGUAAUACCUUUCUGACUUGUCUAUGAUGUGAAUUAAUGUCUCUAGAAUGGAUUAGUAUAUCAUCCAAAUAUACAAUUACACAUUCAUGUUGGAAUUCUCUAAGAACUUCAUUGAUCAAGUCUUGGAAGACGGCCGGGGCGUUACAAAGCCCAAACGGCAUUACGGUAUACUCAUAAUGCCCGUAACGGGUAUUAAAUGCUGUCAUCCAUUCAUCUCCUUGUUUAAUUCGCACUAAGUUAUAUGCUCCCCUUAAGUCAAGUUUAGUAAAAAUACUCGACCCCUUUAGUCUGUCAAAGAGUUCAGUAAUCAAAGGAAUAGGGUAAGCAUUUCUGAUAGUAAUUUUGUUCAAUCCCCGAUAGUCUAUACAAGGACGUAAGGUACCGUCUUUCUUUUCUACAAAAAAGAAACCCGCCCCCGCCGGAGAAGAAGACUUUCUAAUAAAUCCCUUGUCUAAAUUCUCCUUGAUAUAUUCCUCUAAAACUAAGUUUUCCUUGGUGGAUAGAGGGUAUACCGUACCCCUGGGAGGCAUAGUACCAGGGAAAAGUUUAAUAGAACAGUCAUAAGACCGGUGGGGAGGUAAAGUAUCCGCCUUACCCUUGUCAAAUACAGAUUUGAGGUCUAGAUAUUGUAAUGGUAUCUGAACGUCUGUGGAUUGAGAAGUGUUAGCAUAAGAGUUCACGGGGCAAACAGAAGUAACUCUCUGCAGACAUUCUUUCCUACAACCCAUACCCCAAGAAACGAUUUCUCCACCCUCCCAGUCAAUCUGAGGGUUGUGUCUCUUGAGCCAAGAAUAUCCUAGAACCACUGGGACUGCCGGGGAGGAAAUUAACAGAAGGGAAAUCAACUCUUCGUGGAAAAUACCAACAGUAAGCUUAACGGGUUCGGUCUCAUGGAAUAUUACUGGUUCAGAUAAAGGUCUACCAUCUAUGGCCUCAACGGCCAAGGGUGUAUCUCUCAAUUGGAAUGGGAUACAAUGCAUAUUAGCGAAAGUUUGGUCUAUAAAGCUUUCUGCUGCUCCAGAAUCUAAUAAUGCCAUCGUAGUAAUAAACCCCUUUUCCCAAGCUAGAGAGACAGGAAUCAGAAGCCUAUGGUCUUUUUUAUUAUGCAUAGAGGACAGUAAUGAAACACCCAAGGCCCGUCCUCUAAGGGAACUUAGGUGCGAGCGUUUCCCGGACGAUUAGGGCAACUGAGACGUAGGUGACCUCUCAGCCCGCAGUAUAAACAGAGACCCUCCCUUCUUCUGUACUGUCUCUCAGCCUCAGAUAAGCGAGUAUUACCUAUUUGCAUAGGUUCUGGUAGAGUAGGAUUAUAGGAGUCAGGGUUCUGAAAUGAGGGAGCGAGUCUUACAGGAAGUCUAGUAACUCUUUCCCGAGUGUUCUGCCUCUGUCUCAUGCGUUCAUCUAUUCUGGAAAUGAAGGAUACUAAAUCCUCUAAAUUUUCCGGAAGUUCUCUAGUGGCAAUUUCAUCUAGAAUUUCAUCAGACAACCCAUUCAAGAAAACAUCCAUAAAAGCUUGUUCGUUCCAUUUCACUUCUGCUGCCAAUGAUCUAAACUCUAGAGCAUAUUCUACAAGGGUCCUAUCUUGUUGUUUAAGGCGUAACAGGGAUCUGGCCGCAUUAAUCUUCCUCCCUGGGGGGUCAAAGGUUCUUCUAAAAGCCGUGACAAACGCAGUGUAGUUGUAGACUAAAGGAUUGUCAUUCUCCCAAAGGGGAUUGGCCCAUCUAAGUGCUUUAUCUAUUAGCAGGGUUAUAAUAAAGCCUACCUUAGCCCUGUCAGUGGGGUAAGCCCGGGGUUGUAGUUCGAAAUGUAUACUUAUCUGGUUUAAAAAACCACGACAAGCAUCAGGCGAACCCCCAUAUCGUAAUGGUGACGUGACAUGGGAAGAUGCGCCUACAGUGGCUACUUCCAAACCAGUACUUAGCGAGUGGCUAGCAGUGGAACGUAUUUCUUCAGACUGGGUACUGGAGCGUGUCAACAAAGUUUGUAGCGCUAAAGCCAUUUGGUCCAUUCUAUGGUCCAUGGCCUCAAAUCUGGGGUCAGGAGGACUAGCACCUGCAGGAUCCAUCAUGGCCCUGUCGUAAUGUCAGGAAACUGACAGGGAUCCAAUACGCAGAGUGCGCACAGAAGGAGGUACGUAUACCGGACCUUAGAAUGGCCGGACUAACGUAAGGACAAAGCAAGAAUAGUCAAAAGGUAAGCCGAGGUCAAGGGAGCCGGAGGACAGGUAAGCGAGAUACAAUCCGAGUCAAAGGAGAGGAGAGGACAACAGGACAAAAGGCAAGCAAGGGUCAAAACCGGAAACACUAGAUAAAGAACGCGCUGAGUGACUAGCAAGCUAGAACCACGACAGGGCAAUGAGCAGUAGUAAAGGUUUCCUUUAAAUACCCUGUUACCUAAAUAGAGACCACGCCCCCAAAAGGUCCGGAAUAGCGGUUCCCGGCACUUUAUGCAAAUGCCGACGUCAUGACGUCGACGCUAGCCGUCGCGUCAUAAAAGGGGGAGGAGCUAGCGCGGCCGGCGCGAAAACGGCCGAAAUAUGCCGAAAUGCUAGGGGAAGGGAGCCCCUAAGCAGAGAGGAUGUCCUCCCUGGAUACAUCACCAACAGGUACCCUGACAGUAUUCAAGUCUGAAGCUGCUGCCUCUGCCUGUGAACUUCCUCUGACAUCAUCAGAAGUGGCGGCCUGAUCCAAUCACAAUGCUUCCCCAUGGGAUAGGGCUGAGACUGACAAGGAGGCAGAUCAGGGGCGGAGCCAGCACAAUUCAAACACAGCCCUGGCCAAUCAGCAUCUCCUCAUAGAGAUGAAUGGAAUCAAUUAAUCUCUAUGAGGAAAGUUCAGUGUCUGCAUGCAGAGGGAGGAGAUACUGAAUCACAGGAUGCUGUGCACAGUGCUGCCCCAUAGGAUUGGCUGAGACUGACAAAGAGGCAGAUCAGGGGCAGAGCCAGCAUGAUUCAAACACAGCCCUGGCCAAUCAGCAUCUCCUCAUAGAGAUGAAUUAAAUCAAUGAAUCUCUAUGAGGAAAGUUCAGUGUCUGCAUGCAGAGGGAGGCGAUACUAAAUGUUUGGAUGCAUUUUAGGCAGCCAUGACCUAGGAAGGAUCUCUAACAGCCAUCUAAGGAGUGGCCAGUGAAGUUACCUCUAGGCUGUAAUGUAAACACUGCAUUUUCUCUGAAAAGACAGUGUUUACAGCAAAAAGCCUGAAAGUAAUGAUUCUACUCACCAGAACAAAUUCAAUAAGCUGUAGUUGUUCUGGUGACUAUAGUGUCCCUUUAACUUAGUGGAUCCUAUUUAGCUAUAUUGCUCGAUCUAGCUAGUAUCGGCUAGCGAUAUUUAGCUACCAGUUACUAAUGGUUAAGUGAGGGUUAGGGGUCUGACUCUCUGAGAAUUCAGCAUUAGGAGUUGGGGAUCGGAACCUGUUUGGGGGAUUGGAUGUUAAUAUAUAAGGUGGCUUUUUGGGCACCUCACUGGAUCUUGUUCAGUUUUCUUAUUCAUGUAUUCCCCUUCCAGCUACCACUCUGUAUGUUAAAGUUUAUACCCCUCUCCUCGCUUAUAGCAAAAUUAGCCAUUAAUUUAUUUAUAUUCAUUUUUAUUACUGGUAUUAGAUUUUAGUUCUUUUUAGAUGUGUAUAUUAAAGGUUAUGUUUUAUUUUUAUCACCUGUUGAUGGUUGCUUCUAUUCUUGGAAGGCUUAGGUUAAGAGGUAUGAAAUACUAUUUGCCUCCAAUCUUACCUUUCUUUUUACGGUCUCAUAUAUUUUCUCUAGAGGUUACCCCCAUCUCUAACUAGCAACCUGACACACUCUCCCCACCUAUAUCACAAGUGGACUGAUGCACAGAUACAUUCACUGAUAAAUAUGCAGAUAAACAGAAAAACCAACACACAAACACACUGACAUACAUGCAGAUACAUACAAUAACAUACAGACAUGGACCCACAUGCAGAUACAGACACACACAGAUACAGACACUGACAUAUACAGAUACUCAAACACACAUGCAACUACACAUAAACACAGAAUGAUACACAUUCAAAUACACAGAAUGACACUCACACAGAUACAAACACAGACACACACUGACACACAUGCAGAUACAAAGCCAUGCAGACACACAUACAAACAUACACACACACAGAUACACAUACAACCAUAUACACAUAUAGACAUACACAUAUACAAACAGACACACAUAUACAGAAACACACACACAUACAAACAGAUACACACAUGUAUACAUACAGAUGACACAUACAUACAUACACAUUUUUUGUGUGUUUCCUACCUUUGGAGUGAAGGAGGCUCCCACUCUGACUCCCUCCUUUUCUUCUCCUCCUCCCGCGUGGCGCUCUGUGAAUGCUGGGAGGAAGUGACCAGCUGUCACUUCCUCCCAGCAUCCUGACAUCAUCACAGGGGGCCGGUCGCGAUCUCAAAGCGGCCAGGCCCCUAAAAAUCCAUCUCCACCGGGUGGACCUUAGAGCAUUGGCCACCCGAUGAGCCUCCACAUCGCGUAGAUCCACGCGGGCCACACACACCACAGCGGCUGGAGGGCUAAAGGGGCAUCUGCUAUGAGCCCCCUAAGACUGACUGGGCCCAGGGCAGCUGCCCCUUUUGCCCCGUGUUAGGGACAGCCCUGGCUAUGAUUGGCUGAGAAUGUUAGGUGACUGAUUUCAUCAUAUCACAGUGCCCAUUACUGGUAUGAGUUGGUAUGGCUAGAAGGAAGUGUGUAGUCUCUGCCUCUUAUUGGGGCCGGGUGGCCAAUGACACUUAUUUAGUGUCAAAUUGUUUAACAAUGGUAGAACACUAAAUGGAGGGCCAGCUCCAGUGAACUCCAUGCACUACAACCAAUGAGAUAAAGUGGUCAUACUACCUAAAGUACCCCUUUAAAGGGACAUUAUAGUCGUCAUAAUGACAACAGCCAAAUGUAGUGGUUUUGUUGUAUAUAGUCAGACCCUGCAGGCCUUUCAAUGUAAACACUGCCUCUUCAAAUAAAAGGCAGUGCUGACAUAGAUGCUUAGCAACACCUCCAGUGGCACUCAGGUGGCCACUAGAAGUGCUUCCUGUGUCAGUGCUGCACAGUCAUUCAGCGGCUCAACACCAGGGCCGGACUGGGGAUACAAAGCAGCCCUGGAAAAAAAUUUGUGCCAGCCCCAUAAGUCACUUCGCCAUAUAUUGUCGCGUGUAAUAUGUAAGGCUAUGUCUUGCCAGGACAGAUGAUUGAGUAAUAUAUAUAUAUAUAUAUAUAUAUAUAUAUAUAUAUAUUUGCUUUUUCUAAUAUAAAAUAUUGGUCCUUUCAGGGUAAAACGUUUAAUUAUACAGUAAGCAUACGCACAUGCAGACACAGGCAAUUUCACUGACAUUUCAGUGACACACACAAGCUCAUUGAUACACAGCCUCAUAGACAAACAAUCUUACUGAUAUACAUCAGCUCAUUGACAUAAAAACACAAGCUCACUCACUAGCAGGCACACGCAUGCAAGCAAGCUCACUCACUAGCAGACGCACACACACAGCUUAAUGUGGUGGUACUGGUGUCUAUAGCAUGUCCCUACAGGCUUUUCAACGUAAACACUGACUUUUCAGACAAAAGGCAGUGUUUACAUUGCUUCAAAGUGACAUUGCUAGUGACAGUCACUCAGACGGUCACUAGAGGUGCUUCCUGUGUUAGUGCCCUCCGCCCUCGCGCGCUGCUGAAUGAGACUGGCGCCGGAAUAUGACGUCAUAUUCCGGCGCCGGUCUCAUUCAGCUGCGUGCUGGGGAGCAGAGCCAGCGCAGCUCGCGCAGCUCCCUCAGCGGCCGCCAGGACAAGUCCGCCAGCGGCCGCCAAAAGACCUCCCCAGCGGCCAGGGGAGGGCUGGCAGCCUUAGGCCUGGGGGGCAAAACCAGUCAAGUAGACUGGUGCACCUGCCCAGGAUCAGAGCCGGUGCAAGGAUUUUUGCCGCCCUAGACAAAAUAAAAAUUUGCUGCCCCCACAUGUCACAUCACAAUGCCCCACCCAUAUGAUCUGCCAUAUGAACUAACGCCAGUGCUGCACACAGUGUGUGUUUACAUUAAAAAGCCUGCAGGGACCAGCUAUAGACACCAGAACCACUUCAUUAAGCUAUAGUGUCCCUUUAAUGUGAGGUAAAUUAUAGAUUAGUGUCACUAAUAAUAUACUAGAUUGCCUACUUACAAGCAGAUGAGGAUGAUGAUGGGCUGCAGUUUGGCUCCACUGGUCUGUUGUAGAACAGGAUCUCUGGAGGCUGUUUGCAACUGUGGUCACAAAAUUCAAUGUUCUGGGAGAAUUGGAAGCAGCUCAAUUUUUUUGGGGCCCCUUACACAGCUCAAAGUUUGGGCCCCAGGGCCUGACGGUGGGUAUGCCCAUAAGGCCCACUCAUAAGUUCCACCCACCCAUGAGUUCGCUCACAGGGAGUGGAGUGUGUAGGGGAUGUGUUAUGUGUUAUUGUAGAGGAUCUAAUAUUUGUGCUUAUGGUAUGUAGUGUUUAGGGUUACCAGUUUGUGCAGGUGAUGCAGUGUGUUUUUGUGUAUAAGGGAUGUAUUAUGUGUUUCUGGUUGUGUGUAAGGGAUGCUUUGUGUGAAUCUGUGUUUGUAUGCAUAAGGGAUGCAAGGUGUGUGUCUGUAUGUGUGUGCAUGAGAUGCAUUGUGUUUCUGUGUGUAUGUAAGAAAAGAAGUGUGUGUGUUUGCAUGCGUGUGUACGGGUUUGCAUUGUCUGUUUCUGUGUAUGUGUGCAAAGGAUGCAUUGUGCUGUGUGUGGGUUGUUGUGUGUGUGUAAUGGAUGCAUUGUGUGUUUCUCUGUGUGUAAGGGAAGCAUGUUGUGUUUCUGUGUAUGUAUAGGGAUGCAUUGUGUGUGUGUGCGCGCGUAGUGUGAAAGAGCUCCCUGUCUUGGCCCCUGUCCUAUAGAGCUGCCCCUUCUUCUUAUUCCCCCCUCCCCUCUUCUUAUUCCCUCCCUCCCCUCUUCUUAUUCCCUCCCCCCCUCUUCUUGUUCCCCUCCCUCUUCUUAUUCCCUCCACUCCCCUCAUCUUGUUCCCCCCUCCUCCUCUUCCCAGGUUCCUCCCUCCCUCCUCCUCUCUUUUCCUCCUCCUUGCCGACACCUCCCCCUCUUCUUGUCCCCCUCCUCUUCUUAUUCCCUCCCUCCUCUUCUUAUUCCCCCUCCCCAUCUUGUCCCCCCCCUCCCCUCUUCUUAUUCCCCUCCCUCCCCUCUUCAGUGCCUCCUCAUCUUAUUUACCUCCUCAUUUGCUGCGUUUCCCUCCUCCUCUUCUUGUUCCGCCACCCUCUUCUUGUUCCCCCCCUCCUCAUCUUGGAGAAAUUCCCCCCUCCCCUCUUCUUGUUCCCCCCUCCUCAUCUUAUUUCCCCCCUCCUCCUCAUGCCUGUUCCUCCUCCUCUCUUCUUGUUCCCUCCUCCCCUCAUCUUAUUCCCCCCCUCCCUCUCUCUUCAGCAUUCCCUCCUCCCCUCCUCUUCUUGUUCCUCCUCCCUCCUCUCUUCUUGUUCCCCCCUCCCCUCUUCCGUUUCCCUCCUCCCUCCUCCUCUCUUCUUGUUCCCCCUCCCCUCUUCUUGUUCCCCUCCUCCUGCUGCCUCCCCUCUUAUUCCUCCUCCUCCCUCUUGUCCCCUCCCCCUGCUUCUUGUUCCUCCUCCUCUCUUCUUGUGCUGCCCCCUCCCUCUUCUUGUUCCCCCCUCCCCCUCAUCCCCCCCCUCUUUUGUUUUUACCCCCUCCCUCAUCCCCCCCUCUUUAUUUCCCCUCCCCUCAUCCCCCCUCUUUGUUCACCCCCCCUCCUCUUUUUGUUCCCCCUCCCCUCUUCUUGUUCCCCCUCCUCGUCUUAUUUCCUCCUCCCUCCUCUUCUUGUUCCCUCCCCCACUCUUCUUGUUCCCCCCCUCCCCUCAUCCCUGCUUUGUUUACCUCCCCUCAUCCCCUCUUUAUUCCCCCCUCCUCUUUGUUCCCCUCCCCCCUCUUCUUGUUCCUCUCUCUUGGCUUGUUCCCCUCCUCUUCUUGUUCCCCCUCUGUCUCUUUGUUUACCUCCUGUUCCCACCCUCGUCCCCCCCUCCUCUUUUUGUUCCCCCUCCCCCUCUUUUGUUCCCCCCUCCCCUCGUCCCCCCCACCCUCCUCUUUUGCAUUCACCCCCCUCCUCAUCCCCCCUCCUCUUUGUUCCCCCCUCCCCUCAUCCCCCCCUCCCCUCUUUUGUUCCCCCCUCCCCUCAGUCCCCCCCUCCUCUUUUGUUCCCCCUCCCUCAUCCACCUCCUCUUUCUCCCCUCGUCCCCCUCCCCCUCUUUUUGUUCCCCUCCCCUCAUCCCCCCCUCCCUGCAUUCCCUCUCAUUCCCCCUCCUCAACGUUCCCCCUCCCUCAAUCCCCCUCCCCUCUUUUCCUUGCCUCCCCUCGUCCCCUCCCCUCUUGUUUACACCCCCUCCCCUCAUCCCUCCCCUCUUUUUGUUCCCCCCUCCCUCGCUUUGUUCCCCCCUCCUCUUUUGUUCCCCCCCUCCCUCUUUUAUUUCCCCCCCCUCCCCUGUAGGCAUUGGCCGGGCUGCACUCCGGUCAGCGGUGGCCCGACCCGGCGGUGAUGGGAAGGUGCACUGAGGUGUUGCACUUCCUGUCAGUCGGCCGAGUUAUAAGAAACAGAGCUUACCGCUGACGCGACAUAACGGCCUGACAGUGCACACUCAGUGCCUAUCGCAACAUUCCCGCUCGAACAGAUAGCUGUCCCUGAAAGGAAAAAAUGACCUGCAACCAUGCUCAACUUGCCUGACUUUCUGUUUCCUGUAACCGGCCCGACUGACAGGAAGUGCACACUCAGUGUGCACCUUCCUAUCACUCCGGCCGGCCGGCCACCGCGGACCGGAGUGCAGCUCGGCCACGCUACAGGGGAGGGGAGGGAAGAAAAUGUGCUGCAGCCGCCCUGCUCAACACCCUGCAUGGAGGUGCUGAACGUUCCCCAUAGAGAUGCAUUAAUUAUAUUUCCUAUUGGUAAACAACUAGAUUAGUGAUAUCAGUCAUGGAGGCAGGGCCAGACACGCUGAGACUGACACGGCGUGGGAAAACAGGUGAGUAAAAACACCUUUCCCAUGCGGUCGGAGGGGGGCUGGUCACCAAAAUAGUCGUGUGUUUGUAUUCCUGACACUAAUAUCACUAUCUAAUAAGACUACGACCAUUACAACUUUGUAGUGUUUCCUAUGUUAAUAUGUGCUGCAACAUAUAAAAAAAAUUUAAUUUUAGUGAUGUUACCCAUCAAUGAGGAACUUGAUCACAGUUAAGCACUAGCAGGAUCAUCUAUUAAACUCUGAAUUGUAGUGAAUAGAAUGUCGUAAUUAAGGAAAACAUAGCUGAUCUAAAGAAUUCUUCAAUUCAGCAAUGGUGAUCACUUGGUUAUUUUAGCAUGGAUUUUGCAAUUCAGAUAUUAAUGUGUAAUUUAUAUUUUGUAUUGGUAUUUCAUCAACUUCAGAUUUAAAUUAGUGAAUAACCCUUCAUGUCUGAUUUGCCUGUGAAGUGUAAUUUCUACUGAAGGAAUAUGCAUUAUAGAGUUAAAAUGACAUUCACAUGAAAUUAUACAAGCCAUAGAUCAGCAGUAUUACAACUGUUACAAAGAAUCAGGCAGUGAUGGCAAAGGACAUGCAGAUAAAAAUACCUGGUAUGUCUGUAGAAAGAAUUCUAAAUAUAAAUGUUGUAGACGGUAGUAAAAGUGUACUUGCCACAGUACAAAUAACUUUAUUUAAAAUUUAAGAUGAGGAAAGUCCAUCUAUAUAUUAUGCUAACACAUAUGCAUUUUCAAUCAAGUGUCCCUUUCCUUACCUGUCAAUUAUUUCCUCACCACAGAGGUCUAUAUAGACAACACAGCAUAUGUGCUGAGAAAAUGGUGAUGUGGUGCAGAAGAACUACAUGCAGUUCAUCUGAUCUUUGUCACAGCAACUGCAAUGAAUGUGCUGUAGUUGUUGAUAUUAUUCCUCUGGCAAGCAAGUGUGGCACUACUCUAAAGGAAUAUAGGAACAAAGUGUCUUUUAGUUCUGACACUGAUGUACUGGCAGUAAAGCUAGAGUUUUAGUGACACAGGGGGUAUGUACACUGCUUUGGGAAGUGUUUUCAAGCAGGGCUAAUCAUUUUAGCAAUGGGGUAGAUGGUAGGAGAGAACUGCAGUGCCUAUACACCCUAGAUCAAGCAGCUUCAGUGCUGGAGAUGCAGUAAGUAUUAAAGGAACACUCCUAGUGCCUAUAAAAAGUGCCCUAGUGCCCCCACCAUUUGUGAAUGGUUUGACAACUUACUUAACGGUUGCAACGAAGUUAGGUGCCACAUGUCACUGUUUAAUUUGAUUUGCAAUUAAUUAUAUAUAUAUAUAAAAAAAAUUAUGUAAUAUUUAAAAUACAUUUACGUUUAUGCUGCAGUCAAAUUACAUCCAUGCACAAUGCCUUUGUUUUACAUUGUGUCCCAAAAAUGGUUAUUAAUGAUACACAUACAGUGAUCACAUUUGUCCAAUAGUUAGGAUUGCAAGGAGUAUACAAAUGAUUCAUGACUGUGGUUGAAAAGCUCUCUUGGCAGUAAAUAUCCUUCAUAUGUUGCAGGACUGAGCUCAGUUAAACACAACUCUCAAUUUAGGACACUUGCUGUGAUUAAUUAAUUGUUUUCACUCUGCACAAUAUGAAUAUUGCCUUUAGCCAAGAGCACUCUUCAAAGCCAUCCUUACAGUCUGAAACAGUCAGACAUGUCCUACAAACACAUGGCGAUAUAGGAAUCCACUAAAAUGAUUAUUCACUAAAGUGAGAAUUGUUGGAAAUUCAAAGUGAACUUCAAAUAUAAGGCAAAAAAUUGCUUAAUUUUGCCACUUUACUAUUUUGCCCUUACAUUUUAAAUUUACUAUACAUUUCCGGCAAUUCUCAGUUUAAUGAAUAACCUAGUAAGUUGUGUUUUUUUUGUCAUGGUUUAGAGAGAACUGUCAACUAGUCCCUGGCUUUGUUGUCUUAUUUUUCUGAUGUUGGACUUGGGAGCCAGAUUCACCAUGUGUUUUACAAAACAAAUAUCACUUUGGGCAGUACCUGAAAAGUGCUGUCUGCGGGAUGUAGAAUUCACAUUCUGCAGGACUCCUCAAUGAUUAAUGGCUUCUUUGCUUACGUACUGCAGAGUAGCACUCAUGUGCUGUGUGCAUCAUUGUGUUAAAGUGAUGCGGGUCCACGAAAAUAAGGUGGGUCUGGCAACCCUGCAUGUAACAGAUUACCAUGACAUUAACACUGAUAGGUGUCCACAUGGAAUCAGUUUUGAUUCCAGAAAAGUGACUGAUGACACUUCAAAUACUUCAGACCUUAACUUAAUUUUCCUCUAACAGCCAUUUUUUUAAGUGUAUUGGUGAUGUCAAAAGAAAAGCAAAGUAUACAAGGAGCAUCUUCAGUGGAAGAAGAACUUUCCACUUUAAAUAUAGAACAAUGCAGUAGUGCACUCUCAAAAGAUUACUGGAAAAAUAUCUGAUAUCAGCAAUAACUUCAGAAUGAUUUUCUAAACAGAGAAAGUCAGAUGAGAGAAUGUUUUCCAGAUCCUUGGUUUUGAAGCAUCUGGAAAAGAAUAUCCAGACUUUUUUUUUUUUGCAAAGGCUGGUGAACAUGAGUGGCAAUGAAAAUAUAACUAUUUAUUUCACAUGGAGUUAUUCACUAAAUAGUAUUCUGUAGGGAUGUCCCGAGUUGCAGAAGAAAAUGUCAAAUUCAAUUUGACCUCUUUUUCGUUAAUCUCCAUGGCUUGUGACACUGAUGUAACAAGAUGUUCAGAAAUAUUUACUAAACCAAAAUAUGUGGGAAAUUGCUCUGAGAAUUUCAGAUUUUAGGCCAAAAUAACUGAGAUGGGAAAAGUCAAGCAGGGAAAUUUUUCCAAUUAGGCUGUCUACACUUAUAUGGCAGUAUAUUGGCUGUUCUGUUAUUGAUUAUUAUGGACUGAUAACUCAUUGGUUUUCUAGGCUAUCUAUAAAAUGGUUUCUUCAGUAAUGAAGAUGCCAGAGGACGAGUCUACACCAGAGAAACGCACAGAGAAAAUCUUCCGACAGAUGGACACAAAUAAUGAUGGUGAGUAGUAAUAAUACAGCAUAUCAAAGCCAAAGGCACCAUUGUGGAAGAGGGUAUUUCCUAAUUCUUGCUUAAUAUAUGGAUAUUCCCGAAACUGGGAAUUGUCAAGAAUUGGCCUAGGAAUUGCAAAUUUUAGACCGGAAACAUUAUCCACCUGGAAAUUAGCUUCCUUAAUGGUUUACCGGCUUGGUAUGCUUAAUGUUUAUUUGGCAUUAUUUUUCCAUAUUUUAUUAUCUACUUGUUCGUUGUGGCUCUAUGCUCUUGUCAUGUAUUUUUAUACUGGUUAUCUCUUCCUUUUUUCUGCAACUAUUUCCUGCUCUUAUAGUUUAUUUUCUAAUUCAGGUAAGCUCUCCCUGGAGGAGUUUAUUAAAGGUGCCAAGAGUGACCCAUCUAUUGUGCGACUACUGCAAUGUGAUCCCAGCACGGCCUCCCAGUUCUGAGCCAUACUACGCACUGUGAAAUAUCCACUUCUUCCUGAGGUUGUGACAAGGAGAGAUUUCCCUCCUCUCUGCACAGCAGCCUGUCCUAGAAUCCUCUUGGGCAUUAGAUGGACAUGAAUGCACUGCCAACCAGUCAGCCCAGUACCCACCCCCCUAUUUAUUACUCUAAAUCUUGCUAUUCUAUAUAUGAUACAAUGGGACAACUUGGGUGCAUGGAAUUCUUGGGCUCUAGGGGCGGGUGGGGGUAUUAAAGUGACUGAAAGGGACCAGUGACACAUUCCCGCAUGGGUUAGAGAUGCUGCCAACUAGGGAUACAGCUGUAUUCUUUGAGUCCUGGUUACAUGUUGCUUGACAGUCACCUUGAUGUGAUCUGCAGUAUGUUUGGUUGCACUAAUGCAGGGAAAAUCUAUGCACGUACUUUUUACUAUAUGUGAUAGGGGCAGACUUUUAGCUUACAAGUACCUUGUCUAGAUUUGCACUCUAUUGAUCCCAUUCAUCUUUCAUCUCAUUAGAGGGAGGAGCAUGGCAGUCAUUUCCCAGUAUGGGUGGAGGCUCUAUAAGGGAUAUUCUGAUCAUGUUUCAAUAGGUUUUAUUGCGGCAUCAGCUGCUAAACAUUAUAUUAGAUCAUCUGCAUGGAAAGGUGGUGUCCCUAACCUUUCACUGCCAAUGUAUCCCUUACACUUAUAUACUGUAUAGUUUAUCUACUUAUUACAUGUAUAGACAUGGCAAUUUCCAUAUACAUGUAUCACCAAAAAGAAACCCACAGAUGUAUCUGAGAGUAUUAAAGUGCACAAUUCUUUUCAUCUCAAAUAUAAAAAAGGCAUAUAUACAUACAUUAUAUAUAUAUAUUCACCAUAUAGGCUUAUCUUGCUCUGAAGAAUGUGCAAUUGCGUGCAAGUUUGAACACGAACCAUAGUGCACAAUGCAACCAGCUGAUGUCUGUAGUAAAACAUAGGUACUAUGGGUGAGUUUUAUCAAUGUUAAAAGAAAGCUAAUUAAGACAUAGUGCUAAAUAAGGAGCAAUCACCAUGGGAAACCAGUAGAAUGGCUUUUUGACCCAGAACAGCACAUUUUGAUUUGAUAAAUGUUCUCCUAUAUGUCCAGGUGAUAACCCAAGUCCUGCCUGCACUAGGAAUGCAACUUGUAAUAAAUGCACAAUCUCUUAGAGGGCUACAUUGCAUACCUGUCAUAUUUAUAUUGUUGGCACCAAACACUCACAAUGUACUUCACAUCUGUAACUAACCUAGGCUAGAACAGUCCACCAUAUGAUUUUAUAUCACAAAUAAAGUCUUGUAUCAUUGUUUUGAAUGUUAAAUUGUGCAGCACACUACACCCAUCAGAAACAGCACCCUUCCACAGUGCAUCCACUAAAAGUGACACUAUAGUCACCAGAACAACUACCGCUAAAUGUAGUUGUUUUGGUGUCCAUAGCAUGUCCCUGCUGGCUUUUUAAUGUAAACACCGUGUUUUCCGAGGGGCCAGUCGCAAUGAGACUGUCUGGGGGGGAGGGGGGAAGGUGAAAUUUAACACCUAUUUAAAGUAAGGAGAGCAGGACUUUUAAAACUAUAUUGUCAAGAAUACAUGUUUGUAUUCCUGACAUAUUGUGUUCCUUUAAGUUUCCUUGAUUCUACCAACAUAUUGAUAAAUUGAUAUUUCUUGGACAGCUACUGAUGGGAUUCUAUAUCACAUCACCAGUAUGUGUUGCAGUGGUUGAACAUUGGUAUAGUAAAGUGCAAAAGUCUUAUAUCGUCCUGACGAAUUUAAAGUAAAGACACAAGCCGAUGGUUUGUUAAGUCUCUUUAAGAAUGUGCAAAUUAAAUAAGAAAUUUAAGAAACUGGGCAAACUAAAACAGAAAAGGCAGUGGAAGACACAACAAGCUGCCUGCUUCUGAUGUGAUGUAAGUAAAAGGAAAACUCUGUUGCAAGUAAAUAGAUUUACUUCUUGCCACAGGUUGCUAUUCCCCUUGGGGAUCGCUUGCCAAUCCAAUGCGUUUCAUAGAAAAGCACUGGGAAACAAGGUGCAUGUGUGGGAACUGCUAUAAUCUGUCAGCAAUGUUUCUCUUAAAAAAGCAAUGAAACCAAUACGUCUCUAAAAGAAGAUUUCACUUCUGAUUUGAAUAAGGCAUCCCGAGAGAGCCAGGAGAUGUUACCAAUAGAGUUUAUACAAGUGCCAAUUGCUCUUAAAAAAAAGAAGACAUGGGGACAUGCUCUUAACCCCUAAAGCAAAUCAGCAACACUGCUAUUUUCUUUUUCAUUUUGAGUUUCUUCUAGUGUGUAUUU